AUGGCGGAGCAAUGGUGCAAGCUUGGUUCGUGGCGCAUAUGUCGUCAAUGCCACAGUGUGCGCCCGCGUCCUUUCCAACCGGGAGAUUUACGGCGCGUCGCCCAGCCCACCGUCAAGACCUGCACUCUGUGUCGGCGCGGUGCGCGCGUGCCGCAGCCAGGUGAUGUGCCCGAACCUUUGCGCGAACUCUCUGCAGACGUGGUGCUAGCCCUGCGGCCACUGGACGUGGACACUGGCAGCUAUGAGCGAGCUCCACACGGUUACCGCGUCCAUGCAUCCAUGGUCCGGUUUGCAUGGGCCGCCAAAGACGUCGAAACCAAGAUCGCGCAGCUGUCGCACGCGCGGGAGCGGAAGCAGGCCAAGCGGGCAUUUCGCUAUCUGACAGAAUCGGAGCAGGGCCGGUCGACUUCGGCUUACGCUGACUUCGUGGAACGCCAUCGCCGCUUCUUGACUACCCACGAAGACGCCGCGGAGCAGGUGCGAAAGCGGCCGCUUCGCUUUCUGGAGGAACGAGCCCUGGAGUGCGCGCUGUGGCCGCACCUAUACUGGGAUACGUCCCUCUGCGAAACAGUUGUUCGCCUUACAGACGUGCGCCGGCAGCGGCCGGUCCGGCCGAGGGCCUGCAUGUCCAGCGGCGAGGAAGACGCAGGCUGCACCACCUCGGACGAAGACUCCGCGUCUUCUGCGUCCGCAGACAGUGCCGGAGAGCUCGCCUCUGCUGCCGGCCGGCACAGUGUACGCCGCAGUUUCCUGAACAAAGUUCUGGGACCCAUCGUGGGAUACUCCGAGGACUAUGAGCUUUUGCAUUUCGUGUAUGAUUUGGUUAUGUGGAGCUCUCUGGGCGGAACGAAGAACUCGGCGAGCAGUAUCCCUUUGCGCCUGGCCGUCAAGAAGGCGUCGUGGUCGCCGGAAUAUUGGCGUACUCGGCAUCUGGCCUUGCUGGACCUUCAGCGUCAGGUUGGCCUGCCUCACUUAUUUCGGACGCGAGCUCCCUAUGAACGCUCUUUUCCAUACCAUAUGUGGGUUCUCCACGAGAUGGCCCUGGCCGGACGCGGUCGACUGGAGCUCGCAGGGCCGGAGACACUUCACAUGGCUCAUGUUCUCAAAGAGCUCGACCGCGGGUAUUUCAGCGGCAUGAACCGGCGCACUGUCGGUCGCCGAGAUCGACAGUGGAAAGACCAUCUCCUCGCCGCAGCUGACGGUUCGGAUGUUAACACCGUGCUUAAUUUCGUUUCUCGCUUGGAGUUUCAAGAUGGAAAGCGAAAGACCGGCACCCAGCGAUACCACGGGCGCGGCGCGGUUCACUCUCACUCCUUGGACUAUCUAGAGAACGUCGGUGCGGUGCGACUGCACGAGAAGCUGAGUGCCUCGGUGCCACAACAAGCGGAAGCCGUGAUCACGCGGGGCAUCGUCCUAGACUCGCAGCUAGACAGAAAUAACAGCAAGGUGGACAUCCGAGAAGAACCCUCUGCGUGGGACGACGCAGAGCAGAAGGUGCUCUUACACCACACCGAGGAAGACCAUGCCCGCCAUGUCCGCGCAUAUUUUCCUGAAGCUUUGCAGGUAAGCAAGUGCCAUGAAGACGUCCUGCAGGCAGACGGGCACGGUGCACUCAUGCGCUACGUCGCGACGUACCAGCAAAAGUUCAGUGGGAGCUUUGCUGGUGAUUGGUUGAACGACGAAGCGUCAGACUAUAGCGUGGCGCGACGCAUUCUCUUUGACCACCACCCACUCGAACCUGAAAUGUGGCUCAGCCUUGCUGGUGCCAUGUUUCCUCAAUUUUCUUUCGGCGGCGCUUUGGUGGAUAUCUUCGCGCCCUACCCCGGCAUGGAGCACAAGCCGGACUUUGUCGUUCGCUACGAAACUUGCAGCUGGAGAGGGGAGAGCAUGACCUUGCUGGACUUCCUGCGGAAAAGCAAUUCUGUCGGCGCCAUCCUGCAGUGGGUGCGUCGCAAGCACAAGGCGACGGAGCCAGCUGGCGCCGAUUCUGUCGAGGAAUUCGCACGCAGCUGUCCCGCUCGUGGGGAGAAAGCUGUUGCCGCCGCUUGCGUCUCCCGCCUGCGAGACCGAUACUACGGCCAGUGGCUUGCACUGCACUGCCCGUUUGCUCAGUUAGACGACUUCUUCGUGCCCGAAAUCCAAGAGAAGGUCCCGGAAAGAUAUCAGCUUUUCGCCACCGCGUUGCACUGGCGUGCCGAUUAUUGGACCAACUUGGACCAACUCCGCGCGGACAUGCAACUGGAAGCAUGCAGCAGCGACCACAUCGAGACGGUGUGUAACCUCGUGCGUGCCCAAACUCAUCUCGUCGGUCGCUACCUCCAAGGAGAUCUCGUCCGAGAAGAUGUGCGGGAUGCCAUCGAGGAGGUGGAAGCGGAAGCGGCAGAAGCUCCGCGACCGGCAGACGGCGACGUGCCGUUGGUGCUCGAUGCUUCGCAGCGUCGCCUGCAGCGCUUGAUCGAUCUCAGCGUGCAGCGAUCCUUGGACGCUCGAGCGGCAGAGGACGAUGACGCGCUGGACGACAUCGCUCUGGACGCGCACAAUACUAACCGCAUAUUGGCGGCUGUCGGGCCGCCGGGCUCAGGUAAGACUAGUGCCGUUCAUGCUUGCAUUCGGCGGUGGCAUGCGCGAGGGGCCCGCAUUCUUUUCGCUUUGCCCACGGGACAGCUAGCCGCUCAGAUGCGACGCCUGCAUCCGGAUAUCGAUGUGGACACAUGCCACGGUGCAUUCUUGUUCCAUAAAGAAAUCUCCGAAGCCUUGCCCAUCCUCAGCUCUUACGACCUGGUCAUUGUGGACGAGUUGUCGAUGCUCACCAGCGAGCACUUCGAUCGUCUGGACACUAUGUGGCGUGCAGCGGAUCGCUUGCCCUGCAUGGUUUUCCUUGGUGAUUUCUGGCAGCUGCCCGGGCCGCAGCAGCCGCCGAGCAAAGUGUCAGACAGCCAGGCAUGGAACGGUGUCAAGCAGAUAAUGUUCAACACUAUGCACCGCUGCGAAGAUGCGCGCCUGGCCAAGAAGCUUGCAGCUCUGCGAACCGCUGUUCCUAGCAAGCGUCUCUUGAAACAGAUUGCCAACCGAGCCCAUCGCGCUUGGACCGACGCCGAGCCCACUGCUUACGACGUCCUCGAGGUGUUUCGAAGGACAGACUACGCAACAUCCAUGGUCACGUGCACCAGGAAGGGCGCGCAGACGCUGAACGAUCUUGCGGUGGAUGUGCUGUUCAGGCACCGGCACCAGACGCCCCUAGGAGAGCUGCCCUUCGAUUGGGAAAUGGACCCAGGCAACUACACGCAAGAUGGCACUUUGUGCUCUGAUGCUCCGCCAAAAUCCAUGCCCACCAGGGUGUACAAGGACAUGCGUGUGUUCCUUACCAAGAACUUGAACAAGAGACAAGACUUUGUGAAUGGCAUGGGUUGCAAGGUACUCGACUAUCACGAGCGUAGUGGUUGUCUAACCGUGCUCACCGACACUGGCAAGCGGCUUGCCGUGAGCGCUGUUCGUGAGCGCGUUGGCACUCACGACGUGGACUACUUCCCGCUCCGCCUGGGGUACGCUUCGACCGUGCAAAAGGUACAAGGGCAAACGCUGAAGCAUAUUACGCUUUGGCUUGACCGGCCCUGCUGCCGGGCUGCGGGGUAUGUGGCGCUGAGUCGGGUGCGACAUGACGAGGACUAUCUUAUCGCUGGCAAAAUCCGCCCGCACCAUUUCACACCUGCGAUGUGA